AUGGAAAUGUUUCAUGUUAAGCCACGAUGGCUUUUUCUUAAAAUCACAUGUGAUGAUGGUACAGUAGGUUGGGGUGAACCAGUAGUAGAAGGACGUGCUCAAACAGUUGAAACAGCUGUCAAAGAAAUUGCACGAUAUUUAAUUGGUCAGGAUCCACGAGAUAUUGAAAAACAUUGGCAAAUAAUCUAUCGUGGCAAUUUCUAUCGAAAUGGACCUAUUUUAACCAGUGCUCUAUCAGGUGUUGAACAAGCUCUUUGGGAUAUUCUUGGCAAACAUCUUAAUGUACCUGUUUGGCGUUUACUUGGUGGUAAAGUACGUGAUCGUAUUCGUAUGUAUGGUUGGCUAUCAUUAGAACCGACUGGUGAUUAUAUUGAUAUGUAUGCGAAAAGUAUCAAUGAAAAUGUCGAAGGAUUUACUGCAUAUAAAACAUGUCCAAUUCCACCAAUGCAAAUGAUUGAACAACCAGAUGUAUUACAUGCUAUUCGAGAUAAUAUUACUCUUCUUCGAGAUAAAGUUGAUAAAAAAAUUGAUGUGGCACUUGAUUUCCAUGGAAGAUGUACACCUGCCAUGUCUCGACGUUUAAUUCAUAUGAUUGAAGAUGUCGAUAUUAUGUUUAUUGAAGAACCCGUAUUACCAGGUGAUGUAGCUGCUUUGAAACAGUUAUCUUCUUCUACAAGUAUUCCUAUUGCUGCUGGAGAACGUUUGUUUACACGUUGGCAAUUCAAUGAUUUAAUUGAACAACAAGCUGUUGCAAUUAUCCAACCUGAUAUAUCCCAUUGUGGUGGUAUUUUUGAAGCUAGAAAAAUUGCUUCUAUGGCUGAAGCUCGAAAUAUUGCUGUAGCACCUCAUUGUCCAUUGGGUCCUAUUGCUUUAGCUGCUUCAUUACAAUUUGCUUCGUGUACACCUAAUUUUCUAUGUCAAGAACAUUUAACAUUAGGUCAUGAUUAUUUGAAAGUACCAUUUCAAGUGAAAGAAGGAUAUGUCGAUGUACCAUAUCUACCUGGACUUGGAAUUGAAGUCGACGAAGAAAAAGUACGAGCAGGAAUAUUUUCAGGUGAUUGGUCCACACCACAAUUUCGACUUAAAGAUGGUAGUUUCGCUGAAUGGUAG